AUGGACACAACGAAGACCAUCGAGCUGGGAAGGAAUAUGGAGCUUCAGAAGGACGCCAAAGCGCAAAGACCAAGCAAGAAGAAGCAACGCACGGAAGAGGCGGGCGUGCCCGCAUUGCAGCAUCUUCCGGAGCAGGCAAUUGCCGACAAGGAUGUCGUGGAGGGUGGCGAGGAUGUCGCUGACGCUGACAUGGCAGCUCUUUUCGAAGAUGAUGAGGUGAUCGAGUUUCAAGACAAGUUUGAAAAAGGCAAUGAGCAGGACAUCUUCGGCUCUGAAGUCAAACUGAAGAAGGACAAGAAGGACAAAAAAGACAAGAAGGACAAAAAGGAGAAGAAGGAGAAACAUCACAAAGACAAGAAGGAGAAGAGCAAAGACAGGAAGGAACACAAAAAGGAGAAGAAAGACAAAAAGCGAAAACGUGAGGCUGAGCUUGACGAUGACAUGUUUGAUUGA